AAAGAAUAAAUUAUUUAAUGCACAGUGAAUUAUUGCACAGGUGACGAGUUGAUUUUUUACUGGGUGUUGUUAAAUGCUUUUAAAACGGCUAGGUUGUAAUUUAAGUGCAUAGCCUUUUCCUGAUGUAAUUAACAUUUUAGUGGUUUUAUAGAUUCUAUGGCGCAACUUACUGCAAAAAUGUAGGCUAUCUUAUUAUGCAACAUGCCAUGUUUACCCGUGGUUACGGGUGUUGUUAUAAACCUAGCCCGAAGCUUAGCACGGGCUAUCUAAACUCACAUGAAAUAAGAUGGUAAUAGUUGCUUUAAUAUCUUUUUUUCAGUUGUAAUGACUUUUGUAAAUGUAUAAACAUAAUUUGCUAUUGUCCUUUUGAUGAGGCACAACAGCAUAAUUUGCUCUAUUCAUUCUUGUAUUUUAGGGGCAACUAUUUAUUGGGGACGGCCGAGACACACAUCAAGUGCUGAAUUCACUGGUAUAUUAUAUUACAUUGCAGAUGGUCAAAGACAUUCACCACAGACAGUGAAAUCCUUCCUGAAACAUCUGCGUUUUUGCAAGCAUCAUUUAGAAUUCCUGUUGCAAAAUGUUGCAGAGAGAGUAGAAUGGACUGGUGUGUAUCUGAAUAAAGUAAAAAAUAAAAAAGUGAAUCCUGUUUAUUUGUGUGUGUGAAAUGAGCGACUGGAUGGAAUACUACAGCGGAGUCGUUCACGGUCCUCGCCACAGGCAGUAUAUCAGGCCUAUAAAAAUCAAAGCUGCCUGAUGUAGUAUUUUAUUAUAGUAUUAAACGACCAAAAAAGUUCAAGUAGGCUAGUUUCUUCCAUAAAUACAAGGGGAUUGUCGCACGGUGGUGUUUAAUACCCUCGUUAACAAAAAAUGACUGUUAAUUUCACAAUAAAGCUGUUCAUUAUCUCAGCAUACUCCUAUUACUCCAAGAAGGAAGAGGUUUGCCUCCUCGGAGGUUUAGACGUUUAAACGAGUGGGGGGAUACAAUAUUUUAGCGUAAAAAUCGGUUGAUAAAACGUUAUAAGCAGCCGUCACCGCCUUCAUUUGGUUUCUGUGGUGUCUUUCAAAGUACUGUUAAAUAUUUCGAUAAAUUGCCUAUAUUAAAUUGUUAUUUUCAUACAUUUUAUCAAGGAAAUAUGAUCAAGCUCCCAUUCAGCACUAAUGCUAUAGAUCACGAUAUAAUGCCACAUCAAUUCAUAGACAAAAAUGUUCUCUCACUUAUUACUGUGGGCCAUGCAUAUGCAUUUCUUUUAUACAUAUAUAAUGUCAGAACGUUUAAUAAUUUAAGCUGACAUUUUCCCGACUGCUUGUUGAUAUCUGGAGAUAUAUGGACACGCUCCCAUUUUGCAUAUUGCAUAAACAAGACAAUUUAUUUAGAUGGGAAAUAUAGAGAGCGCAAGAGGAGGAGAGCUCCGUACAGCCUCUUGGCGGAUUGAUUUACACCCCAUUGACGCUUUAUCAGGCUCGCGAAAAAAGUCUGACCAAUCACUUCGCUCGGAGCGCACGCCACAGCAGCCCGGCUCUACUUCGUUGGCGAGCGAGUAGAGAGGAGUACCGUAAAGAGGGGAGUAAAGCACAUUUCUAUUGUACAUGUUUUCCCUUUAAUGAACAGUACGUUAUAUAAUGUCCGAGAAUGUCCAUUUCUGGAACUCUAAGCAACUACUAUGUCGAUUCUAUCAUAAGUCAUGAGGGAGAAGAUCCGAACGCGUCCCGCUUCUCCAAUGUACAGUACUCCAGCGCCAGACAACCGGGACCCGGCGAGCAUCCCGAGUUCCCCUCUUGUAGCUUCCAGCCCAAGCCUCCAGUGUUCAGUUCGUCAUGGAGUCCAUUCAGUUCCCACGCGUCCAAUGGCUUACCCGCGGUCUACCAUCCGUACAUACCGACGCAGCCAGUGCCUUCAACGGAUACUCGAUACCUCCGCACAUGGCUCGACUGCGCCCCGAGAGCAGAGCCUCUGCCAGGACAGGGACAGGUCAAGAUGGAGCCGCUCCUGGGACAUCUCGGGGAACCACCGAAACUAGUUGGGCAGCAUGAGUAUAUCUUAGAGUCCUCUACAACACGGGAGAUGAAUUCUAGCCACAGCGCCGGGUUUGAAGACAAUAAGGACAUAUGCGAAGGCAGCGAGGACAAAGAAGGGCCGGAUCAAAACGACCCAUCUGCCAACUGGUUACACGCUCGAUCAUCCCGGAAGAAGCGAUGUCCAUACACGAAAUAUCAGACCUUGGAGCUGGAAAAGGAAUUUCUGUUCAAUAUGUACCUCACCCGAGACCGGAGACACGAGGUAGCUCGCCUGCUGAACUUGACAGAGCGACAAGUCAAAAUAUGGUUCCAGAACAGAAGGAUGAAAAUGAAAAAAAUGAAUAAGGACCAUCCCAAAGAAUAAUAACGCAGACUGGAGCCAGGCGUUCAAGCAUUUUACAAAGAGUCUUUUAAAUCUGGAAGCUGAUGCAAGAAGGUUUUACUGCAUCAAAGAGAAAACGCACACACGCACUCACAAACCAUUUCCCGCAUGACUGGACAGUGUUAAGCAUAUAGAGUAUAAGGGAGAGGUGAGAUGAUGCAGAGGAGGGGGAAGACGUCGUGCCAUCUCUCCCUUCUUUUAUUGCGUUUUAUGACUUGAGCGUAAGAAGCACUUCAUCAGGAAAUAAACAGGUGAUAAGGAACUGUUUCAACAUAAGAACAGCAGAAAAUGUGUUCUUUUUGUAAAGUUGUUCUCUAUAAUUCUGCAUUUUCAUUAUUCCCUUUUUCACAGACUUGUGCUGAUAUAAAAUGUAUU